AUGGGUGAAUUACCUAGCGCUAGGGUCACACCCAGCAGACCAUUCUCGCACUGCGGAGUUGAUUAUGCAGGCCCAAUAAUAAUUAAAGAAAGAACACUUCGCAGAACCAAAUUCGUGAAGGCAUACAUAUGCAUUUUUGUAUGCUUCUCAACACGUGCUAUUCACAUCGAACUAGUGAAAGAUUUAUCCACCGAGAGUUUCAACAACGCGUUGAAUAGAUUUAUAGCAAGAAGAGGAAAACCAUCAAAAAUAUAUUCGGAUAACGGCUCCAAUUUUAAGGGAGCCCGUAAUUAUUUUCUAGAAUUGCAUGAUUUGUUAACGAACAAGGUCCACAAUAAAAAAUUAUUUAACUUCCUUACGCCACACUCGAUUGAGUGGUCGUUUAUACCUGCGAAAUCCCCACAUAUGGGAGGUAUUUGGGAAGCAGCCGUAAAAUCGACAAAGUACCAUUUGAAACGAAUUUUAGGCAUCGCUUCAAUAACGUAUGAGGAAAUGUACACAAUUUUGACGCUGAUUGAGUCGUGCCUCAACUCGAGACCACUUUCCCCCCUGUCGUCCGACCCAGACGACUACCUACAUCUAACCCCAGCGCAUUUUUUAAUUGGCGACUCUUUAGCCGCUCCUCCACAGAAAGAUGUCCGAGACAUUAAUCUAAAUAAAUUGUCUCGUUACCAAUGUACUCAGCAGCUCACGCAGCAUUUUUGGUCACGAUGGUCCAAGGAAUACUUGACACAGCUGCAACAGAGGCAUAAGUGGAGGACACCAGAUGCUACACCCAAGAUAGGCGACUUAGUCGUUCUGAAGGAGGACAACAUUCCACCACUUCGCCGGCUCAUGGGACGUAUAGUCGACAUCCACCCAGGAGCUGAUAAGGUGCCCCACGUUAUGUCCGUAGGGCUAUCUAAUGGAAGUGUGUUCAAACGUUCCACGAACAAGGUGGGCGGCCUAUGUACAGUCAAGCCAGGCUGUAUAGAAUUUAUACCGUGGUCAAACAUGACUAUUAGAUGCGGCGCCACUGUGCUCAACAUGGCAGCCUGGCAAACCCCCUCCCCCUGUCUCAACAAUUACACCCCUAGUAGGAGAGACUGA